AGCGAAGUUACUUCUAAAGUAAUAUCAUUUCCAUUAUAUUAAACCCCCAUACACACUCUCUCCUUAGUAAAGAGAAAGACUAAGAGGCUGAUCAUUGACUCAGAAUUUGUAAUAUGGCACAAGAAUCAGCUUCUUUCGAUCUUGUACAGGUUGAUGAUUCCUACUUCUCACUAGUGUUUGAUGAAAAAGAAGAUCCGAUUUUGCCUGUAUCUGAUGAGAAGUAUGCAGAAGAGUUGCAGUUCCAAGAGGCCCUUAUGGGCUCUGUGAUCACUUCCAAAUUGGCCAACAAUGGAGCCUUAACCUUAUUGCCAUCAAUGUCAUCGCCAACGCCAACAAUACAAGCAAUUUUUCCAACCCCGGAACCAGAGCUAGCAAAAGAAGCUGGGGAAUCAUCACAUAGCUUCUGUGAGAUUUGUGUGGAAAGGAAAGAUAGUGACCAGAUGUUCAAAACUGAGAGCUGUGUUCACUCAUUUUGCUCUGAUUGCAUUGGCAAACACGUUGCCACAAAGAUCCAAGAGAGCAUAACCACUGUUACUUGCCCUGGAUUGGACUGCAAGGGUGUCAUAGAACUCGAUGCUUGCAGGGCAGUGCUUCCGAAAGACGUGUUGGACAAGUGGGACGAGGUGCUAUGUGAAGCGCUGUUUGGUUCCCAGAGGUUUUACUGUCCUUUCAAGGAUUGUUCAGCAAUGUUGCUGAAUGAUAAUGAAGAAGGAGAAGCGAUUAGGGAGUCAGAGUGCCCGUUCUGCCAUAGAUUGUUCUGUGCGGUGUGUUAUGUGCCUUGGCAUUCAGGGGUUGAUUGCGAAGAGUUCCAGAGAUUGAACGAGGAUGAGAGAGGGAGGGAUGAUCUCAUGUUGAGGGAGCUUGUUAAGGAGAAGAAAUGGAGGAGGUGUCCCCAUUGCAAAUAUUUUGUGGAAAGGACUGAAGGUUGUUUACAUAUGACUUGCAGGUGUACUUCCCAGUUCUGCUAUGGAUGUGGAGCUGAGUGGACUAGCGAUCACGGUGGUUGCCAGAGAGAUUAAAUGUCUAGAAUGAAUCAUAAUGAAGAUGUUAUCACAAGCACUGUACUAUAAGUAUUGGAAACUCUGGAUAUAUUACCUCUUUAUUUUGCUUUUAUCCUUGGUUAA